UAUAUAUAUAUAUAUAUAUAUAUGCAUCUAACACCUUGAAAAUUAAAAGCCACAAAAUGACAUUUUAUUAACACAAACACAAUAAAUACUCAAACUAAACCUGUCUUUUGCUAAUUUCGUAAAUGCGUAUGAUUAAUUAACUUAACUAGAUACCAGACAUCAUUUUCUACACAUUUUUUCUGUAUACACAUAAUAAAUUAACUGAAUACUGUUAACACUGACCAAGUGAGACUCCUCAUCGUUUACCUGUGCCGUGAUUUUAUUUCUUUAAACGAAAAACCACAAAAUAAUCUGAAAACAUACUGACAACACAUCAUUUACUGAAGCUUGUUCAAGAAAUUUACUUCGAUUUAUAGAAUAUUGAAAUGUCAGACAUCCUUCUCGCUGAAUAUACACUCAAACGUGCCCUACGAGAGCAUACAACCGAUUUAGCACCAACAAGUAAUCCUCAUUUGCUGUGCACACCUCUACCUAAACACUGGCGAUCAAACAAAUCACUGCCUAGUCAAUUCCGUGUAGUCAGCUUAAUCCCAGUACCGGAUGGGACACGGGUUACAGUAACUGCAGGCAAUGAAGAACGACCAUGUGCUGAGUUGAAAAAUCCAGUUACAGUAAUGCAUGGACAUGAAGCAAGAUUCAGUGACCUACGAUUUCUUGGACGCAGUGGUCGUGGUAAAUCUUUUAAUAUCACAAUCACAGUAGAAACUACGCCGCCUAUUAUAGCCCUAUACGCGAGAGCAAUCAAAGUGACAGUCGAUGGACCACGUGUACCAAGAAGUAAAUACUCUGCUGUAAGAACAGGAAGAGUGCAUAAGGAAAUGAAACGCUUAGGAUCAAGACAUCAAAAUAUGUGUGAACAUUCAAAUAUCAGUCGUUCUUUCCCGAAUCGUAGCAGUUAUCCAACUACAGACAAUUUACAGAGGAACAGACUGAAAAGAACAACGCAUGAAGUAAAUUGUAAUCCAUUCAAUGAAACUUUUAAAAAACAAAACACCAUGGUGACACGAUUUUCUCCACCAGUCCUAAUCAGAGAAGAGUUGACUCCAAUCACUCCAGAGACAUCUUCUAAUACUGGAGAUACAGCUACAAAACCAUUAAAGCUGCCAAGAUUAUCUCAACAAAUUAAUGAGAAAUCACUGUCUCCAAGUGAAAGUUCCAUCAAUUCUUUUGGAUCAAUUAGCGAUACAAAUGGAAUUGGUUUUUCACCAUAUGAAUCAACUUAUUUACUGUCUUCGAUUAAUGAAGCUUAUGCAAAGUUAUUGGCAAGACAAGCAUGGCUUGAUAGGAUGACAUUUAAUAGUAUUCAUACUACUACUUCUGCUACUACAACAGCAACAAUGACUACAGCCGCAACGUCCAGUUCAAUGAUAUCGAAUGCUACAACAUCUGUUUCCAAUUUUACAGGAAGUAUGUAUUCGGAUAGUUGUAACACAGACAGAAAUAAACUUAUGAAUCCUAUUUAUAAUAGUUCACAAGUAAAAGAUAACUGUAUUCCGAAUUCUACAGAAGUUUUUUCGCCUGUUUCCUUUCUUUCAACAUUUUUGCACAGUAACAAUACUAACAGUCGUAAAACUCCGAUUCCUAAUAAUUCUUCUCAUGAACAAAAAGAUAUCAAACCAAACAAUUCAUCAUAUCCUCCUGUUCUGAACCCAAAAUCUCUUGGGACAAAUCCACACUUUGUGAAAGACACAUGUCAUUUACUAGAAGCUCGUGACAUAGAUUUAUCUAACCGCGUUGAUAACAGUCAACAAAAUCAUUUUAACUAUCCUCAGAGUAUUCCACUCAACACUAGUGCAACUUAUAACAACGGGCUAUGCCAACCGAAUGACAUCUCCAACUCAUUAUUUUCGUCGUUUUUAUAUUCGGCCAUGACAUCAAUGUUAAACUCGACAAGGUACAACAUACCUGAGAAUAAAAGUAGUACUACACCACCACCAAGUCAUUCAAAGUGGGAAGACCCUAAUUAUUGUCAUUAUUAUAAUGCAUUUACAACGUUUCUCUCUGGAAUGCUGAGUGCUUCGAGUAUGCAGUCGCAAGUUCCAACACCGAAGAAAGCACACACUAUUACCAAUAAUAACAGUAUUGGUGGGAAUAAUUAUUCAAAUUUCGAUGAAAUAAAAUGGAAGGAACUUAUUAAUGACAAUAAUAUUGCUCCUAACUUUAAUAACGAGUCUAUAGAUAUGGAUAUGAAGUUGAAUCGAAUGGAUAAUUCUCAGAAGUCAUCAAAUAAUGUACUCAGUAUCGAUCACUUGUUAGACCUAGAUACAAACAGUGCUUCGAAUACUACGCAUAACAGUGCUACUCACAAGUCUAACAAUAUAAGCGUGGCAUCAGUGAAUGACUGCAAACCGAACUAUACAAAUACAAUGAGUAAUCCUAUGAAUAGACACAAUUAUCUAAAUUAUUUUCCUCAAAACAUGCCAGAUCCUUUGUUAUUCAAGUCACUUUUGGCUCGCCAUUUCAGUGAAAAUAAAUCGUUUAGAGUUUGAAACUACAGGAAUAGCACGUGUAGACGUAUUCAGAAAAAGAAGGUAACAAUCAAUGGCAGCACAUAUGGUCUUUAGUUGUUUACUUUCCUCUUAACAUACAUAAACUAUUUAAUGUUAAAAUGCACAAACACACAAUUUUGAACUGUGUUACUUAUUACUUUACCUCAUAUACACAUGAAGAUUUACUGUACACUGACUUGAUAUAUUAUGUAAUAAAGCUGGCUUUGGCACCUUUGA